UAUAACUCUAUCUGUGCGCGAACAGCUUCCCCAAACACACGCAAAGUGACACUGUUCAGACGGUGCGCACGCCCUGCCCUCCUCUCCUCGUCACUGAAAGCCUUCCUCAUUAAAAAAAAAAAACCCACACACUUCCUCACACUGCACGUCUCUCCUCCUGCUGCUGCUGCGGACACAUGAAAACCAGUCGCUCACAUCAACGCCAAAUGAUUCUAUUUAGGUGAUCACUAACACUCCUCCAACAUCGGAUUCUUGUGCUGGAAAGAGGGAGAAAGCAGAAGCAGCAGAUGGGGGGGGCAAGAUCGGGAUAGAGGCGCGGCAGGAUCUACGGACUGAACCGGAGAAACUGGAUUUCCUGGAUUUUUUGGUUUUCCUUCUCGGGGCUCGGUGGGGGCUUCACGCCAGAGGGGCAUCACAGGGAGACUGAAAGUUGAUGACCAGGAGAAGAGUGAUGGUCCACGCAGCAGCUGAACGGCUCCUCAUCGCGACCUCCUACCAGACCGGCUGUGGCUGAAGCACAGCUGGAUAAAGUGAACUCCCAGAAGUAGAGGAGGUUCCGGAGAUGCCGGUCCACCAGGGCGUGCUGGUCUGCCUGGGCGUGCUGCUGAUGUCCGCUGGAGGGGUCAUGGUCCUUGGCUUCGGCCUGAACAGCUCCGUGCUGCUGUUCGCCCUCGGGCUGUUCCUGGGCCUGGGGGGCAUGGGGCUGCUGGUCAGUGGACUCUGCAUGGCCAUGAAGAACCUCCAUGUGGCGGUGCCCGGACACUUCCUCCUGCACCCCCGAACGGGCACACGCUUCAGCCCACAGCAGGCCGAGGCCAUUCAGAGGAGGUUGGACCGAAUUCGUCGGGAGAUGUCAGCGGACUCCGUCAGCAGGACGCCGGAGCCUGAACCCUCCCUGCCUUCCACCCCACCGCCCUGGACGAUGGAGCCGCCUCCGUCCUACGACACGGUGAUGAAGAGCCAGGAGCGCAGCGAGGAGCUUUAACCUUUGGUGGACAUCCUGAAUUCACGUCAGCGCCUUUUGUCUCCAACUCUCAGCGAGGAGCAUAAAUAAAACGGUCGGUGCUAUCCGUGAACUCGCUGCGACCAACCUCAUCUGUGCCUUAAGAGCCACGGUGAUCCCAAGCACAAGAAAAACUGCAGCUGGUUAAAGACUUAAUAUUUGUACAGACUGGGCCCCUGUGUGGCCUCGAUGUCUACUAAAUAUAUGUGCAGUGACUGACUGCGAAAGUAAUUGAAAUGAUUACUACAAAUGCUUCACUCUGUGCACUAAGGGCCUUUCUGUAGACAAGCACAAUGUAACUUUUACGACAAAGUUCAUGGAUUCAUGUCAACAGAUUGGCUGCAGGUCUUUUGUAGAUGCCUAAUUAGGAUAUUUUAUCAGCCUGCUUGAAUUUAUGUGACCUACUACUGUGGCUGCACGGCACUCUCCUUCAAACCCAACUAACCCCCACAGCUGCACUGCUCUUUUUACAUCUGUAGCUUAUUCCAAGGCUAAGUGCCUUAACCAGGACAGCAGAAUGUUAACAGGACAGUGUUAUUCAUCGCUCAGCCUUGUAUCCACUGUUUGCAGAAUGCCCACUGUUAGUUUUGUUCUGACAUUACUAUAAACUUGAGUCAAUGAAUAGCUCCAGAGCUCUCUGUGGGUGCUGUCAGACUUGUAAAUAAUGGAUUAUUUAUUUAAAAGAAGGAAACCCCUCGGAAAGACGGAGGAGGGGAAUGUCUAUAUAUUUUAAAAUCAUGUCCGAACUGAGCAAACACCAUCGCUCACUCAACACAGUGGGCUGAGUUGCGAGACAAGGUGACUUAUCAGGUGCAAACACACCCCUGCAAUUUUAUACCUGACCUGAGCAGGCUGUCUGCAGGCUGUAAUAAGCAGCAGAGUGGAACCCUAACUGCAUUUCCUUCAACCUCACCUUCAGGACCCAGAGUAACACAAAAUCUUUGCUCAGUACACGGCAGAUGCCUCAGUUGAAUGUGUCUCAUGUGAUUGUACAGUAGUAUGAAGACACUUGUAUCUGCAAGAUUCAGUCAUUGGUGAAUCUGAGCUCGAAGUUAUAACUACAACGUGAUGGCAAAAGAUCACCGCAAGCAGCUCCGUGAAAAGGUUAUUGAAAGCAUAGGUCAGGGAAUAAGUCAAGAAAAUUUCCAAGUCACUGAAUAUCCCUUGGAGUGCAGUUAAAUCCAUCAUAAAGACAUGAGAGGGAUAAAGCAUACGUAUAAAUCUGCUUAGAGCGGGUUGCCAAAGUGACUGUUUAGGCAGGGGUGUCAAACUCAUUUCAAUCCAGGGGUCACUUUCAGCCUAAUUUCAUCUCCAGUGGGCCGGACUAGUAAAAUCACAGCAUAAUAACCUAUAAAUAACCACAACUCCACAUUUUUCCUUCAUUUUAGGGCAAAAAAGUACAUUCUGAAAAUGUUCACAUUUAUGGAAUUAUCUUUUUACAAAACAUCAUGAACAACCUGAAAUUUCUUAAGAAAAAUAAAUUCAAUUUCAGCAA